UAAGAAAUAGGUAAAAUUAAUCAUCCAAUUCUAACACAUAUGGUACUCUGUGUGGGAGGUUGGGGAAAAUAAUUAGUCAAAGCGGUGAAAUUUCUGCACAACCAGAAACGAAUUCGUGGACUCAUUGCUAAAAAAGUCAACCGCUUUUAUGAAACAUGGGCCCCACCCACACUGCCACCUACAUGGUCACACAUUAAGUCUUUAAACAUCAUAAAUAACACGACACCACAAAUAACACAACAAACACAACUUUUGUUUUCCGACAUUAACCCAAACUCCAUUUUCCAAUUAAGCCAGCCAUGGUAGAUAGGGAGCAAGCAAGACCCUUGGCCCCAGCAAUAGAGCGACCAAGCAGUGAAGAAGAUGACUCCUCUCUUCACCCCAAAAGACAAGCUCACAAAAAACUCAUCAAACGAUGUGCUUGCCCAUUGAUCUCUCUGCUUCUCCUAGCAAUACUGAUCAUAGUUUUGAUCUUCACAGUAUUUCGUGUCAAGGACCCUGUGAUCACCAUGAACGGGGUCAGGAUCACAAAUUUCGAACUUUCCAACACCAUGACCCUUCAAACCAGGGCCAACAUGUCCCUAGUGGCAGAUGUGUCAGUGAAAAACCCCAACGUUGCAUCAUUUAGGUAUAGCAACACGACCACGAGUUUGUACUAUCGUGGUCUCAUGGUGGGGGAGGCAAGAGGACCACCUGGGAGGGCAAAGGCUAGAAGAACAAUACGGAUGAAUGUAACGAUUGAUGUUAUCACGGAUCGGGUGGUUUCUAGCCCGGAUUUUACGACGGAUCUGGGUUCGGGGUUGAUGACUAUGAGUAGCUUCUCCAGAGUUCCGGGGCAGGUGAAGAUCUUGAACUUGUUCAAGAGACAUGUUGUUGUAAAAAUGAACUGCUCCACCACUUUUAAUAUUUCAACACAGGCUAUUAAGGAGCAGAGUUGUGUACGGAAGGUUAAACUUUAGUGGUCCAUGUGCUGAUUUAGUUUAGUUUAGUUUCCUUGAAUAUAUUUGUGUAACUCUUAUAGCAAAAAUAAUGAGAUGUUUUCUACGUUGUUCUGGUUU